UAAAUGUUACUAUCGAUAGUACCAAAAGCACGUGCAUAGUCUGCAGUGUUUUGUUUUAGUUUGUGUGUUCCAAAUAACGGCAAAAACAUGACUAAACCAGAUGCAAUUGAGAUUGAUGCAACUGCAUCUAAGAACAAUAAAAAUUCAAAUACCACGACACAAACAAAAGCCAAAGCCAAAAAGGUGGCCAAACCAGAGUCAAAAAUACCCCGCGGGCAGCCGAAAUCCAAUCGGCCCUGGAAAACGCCCAAGCAGAAAUUCAGCAACAUUAAGAAGACUGUGAAUCGUUUAACAUUUGAGAAGAAAGUCGAACUGCGCAAUGAGAUGCGUUACAUCAAAGAAAAGUCCAAGGAGAUCAAGGAUCAGCGUAAGGAAGCCGCCGUUCAGCGGCACCAGCGACGCGUCGAGAAUGCCGAAAGACGUUUGGCCAACGAGCGACGCUCAGAAGUCGUGCAAGUGAUCAAGAAUCCUGCCAAACUGAAACGCAUGAAGAAGAAGCAGAUGCGCAUGAUCGAGAAGCGUGAUCUUAGUCAAGUGAAGAGGUUCAUAAAAUGAAAUCCUGUGAUUGUG